GCCUUGUUGCAUGUUUGCUGUAAUAAUAUUUCCCCUUUAAGGCUUGGCUGAGGUUAUUUUUAUUUUUUCUCUCUCUUUUGGCGGGGUGGUGACAGGAACUGAGAGCAGCAGCAGCAGUAGAUCUUACCUGAUCUCAGCAUCUGCAAGAGGUGGUGGUGGCGGAGGCAAGAGAGAAAGAGGCAAGUUGCUGCAGAGAAAGUGUGAGAGGACUGGGAAGGACUUGAAACUUAGGGAGGAAAAGGAGGUGGAGAAACACUGAAGAUUGCGAGUGAAGGAUAUCGGAAGAAAGAUCGGAAGAAAGGGAAAUAAGAGGAAAUCAGGGAGGAGGAGGAGGAAGUAGAAAUGGGAAGAGAAGAGUGAAGUCAGAGAGAGAGAGAGAGAGAGAGAGAGAGAGAGAGAGAGAAUAAAAUAAGACCAGAGAAUGACAAGGAAGUGACAGGAAUAAGCCUGCUGACAGGAGGAGGAGGAGGAGGAGAGAAUCAUCGAUGGCAACAAGUGCGAGUGGCUUGUGCUGAAGAGGAGGAGGGAAAGAACACCCAGCUGGCUUUUGGUCGUUGUGGUGGGACUGCGUUAUCUUUCCCUCAAGAUGAUGAAGAGACAGUUCAAUCGGAUGCGGCAGCAGCUCAGUCACCCCAGCAUUGGCGGACGAGCCCAAGAAACAGCAGAAUACUUGACAGAAGACUUGCUACAGAUUGAACAGAGGAUUGAACCAGCCAAACGUGCUGCUCACAAUGUCCAGAAGAGGCUCCUGGCUUGUCUCCAAGGCCAAUAUGGGGCAGACAUGGACAAACGGGUGAAAAAAUUGCCUUUGAUGGCGCUAUCAGUGACCAUGGCAGAAAGCUUCAAGGAAUUAGACACAGAUUCCAGCCUUGGGAAAGCUCUCGAAAUGAGCUGCUUCAUUCAGACUAUGCUAGCCAGGAUCCUUGCUGAGUUUGAAAUGGCCCUCGAGCGAGACGUCCUACAACCCCUCAAUAAACUGAGCGAGGAAGAACUGCCCACCAUCCUGAAGCACAAAAAGAACCUUCAGAAACAUAUUUCGGACUGGAAUGCCAUCAAGUUCCGUCUGAACCAAGCUGCCAAGAACUCCAGCAACAAUACCAGUGGUGCCGCUGGCCCAGCCCCAUCAUCUGCUGCCAUCAAACUAGAAAAUCUGAAGGAAGAGGAAGAAGAGAUGAAGAGGAGGGUUGAACAGAGUAAGGAUGAGUACAUGGCAGACCUAUAUCACUUUUCAACCAAGGAAGACAGCUAUGCUAAGUACUUUAUCAAAUUGAUGGAAAUUCAAGCAGAGUACCACCGGAAGUCCCUGGAAUCUCUGGAUACUACUCUGGCAGAGGUGAAAGAGACUCACAACCAGCCAGACUCCCCAUUCCCAAGAGAUGCAGCUGUGAUAGGGGUGUAUGGGAUGCCGCUAGAGACUCACCUGAAGGCUUCUGGGCGGGAGAUUGCCGUCCCCAUUGAAGCUUGUGUCAUGAUGCUGCUGGAAUCGGGGAUGAAGGAAGAGGGGCUCUUCCGGUUGGCAGCUGGAGCAUCUGUGCUGAAGAAGUUAAAGUACAGCCUUGCCUGUGGCUCAGGUGGCCUGGAUGAAUUCUAUGCAGAUCCUCAUGCUGUGGCAGGUGCACUGAAAUGUUACCUGCGAGAGCUGCCCCAGCCCUUGAUGACCUUUGAACUCUACGAUGAUUGGCUUAAAGCCGCAAGUAUCAAAGAGCCAGAGAAUCAACUGGAGCAUCUUCGGGACACUUGCAGCCGUCUCCCCAAGGACAACUACAACAACAUGAGGUAUCUGAUUCGUUUUUUAGCCAAGCUGGCUGAACAGCAGGACGUGAAUAAGAUGACCCCCAGCAACAUUGCCAUUGUCCUAGGGCCCAACCUGUUGUGGCCCCAACAGACUGAAGGGUGCCAGGUGCAACUAGAUAUGGCUUCUGUAUCCUCCAUCCAAGUUGUGGGAGUUGUGGAACCCCUGAUACAAAAUGCUGACAUCCUCUUCCCAGGAGAUAUUGACUUUGAUGUAUCUGGCCUGUUCACUCCCCCAUCAGACGUUAAAGAGAGAGAUGUCUCUGCAGCAGAAGAACCCACGUCUUUGCUUCUCUCUGCUGAACCAGCUUCACCACGGCCCGGGGAAAGGAAAAAUUCUGAGGCGACCCCUGGAACAGUCCUCUCAAAGGUGACCCAACCUUCGACUGAAGCUGCAGUCUCUUUGCCUACUCCUGUUCCUGCUGAGGAUGCUUCAAAGAAGUCAAAGCGAGUUGCUCCACCCCGACCCGCGGUGCCUCCGCCCAUAGCCCAGCCUCGAACCCCACCUCCUGUGCAGCUUCAGACCCAGCCUCCUGCCCCAGACUCUCCUUCUAUCCCUAAAGCAAUGCCUCGAAGAACCGUCGGAGGAAGCGUGCGCGCUCCCUCUGUCCCUCCGCCACUUCCACCCCAGCCAGUCAGGCGUCGUCAGAGUCGCAACGCAUCCCCAUCCCCGAAGCCUCCUUCAGAAAGCAGGACCAACGAGGCAGAUGAAGCACCUCUUUCUCUUCCUGGCGACAGCAGCAUGGAAACAUCCAAGGAAUCCCUCCCUGUGACAACAGAGCCCAGUGAAGGCCCACCUGUAGAAAGAAGCAGCUCUCCAUCUGCACCAGAUCUGGAGGUUGAUGCUCUGGAUAAUAAUGAAGAAGGAGCUGCAGCGUACCCCUCGAUUGGUGCUCCCCGCCGCCGCCUCCCCUCCAUCCGUCAUCGCCGCGCCGCGCUCCUGAUUGGCCUGGGCGGGAGCGGAGGAGGAGGAGGAAGAGGCGGUGCGGGGGUGGCGGCGGCGAGAGCGGCCGGUCCUCCCAGCAUGGCGGGCUGCAGGCGGCUGAGCGGCUCCUGCCUGCGCGAGGUGCUGGGCGAGGCUCAGGGCGUCCUCUUCGACUGCGACGGGGUCCUGUGGACCGGCGAGCGGGCGGUGCCCGGCGCCCCCGAGCUGCUGGAGCGCCUCAGCCGCAACGGCAAGGACGCCUUCUUCGUCUCCAACAACAGCCGCCGCUCGGUGUCGGAGCUGGAGCGCCGCUUCUCCCGCCUGGGCUUCCGCGGCGUCCGCGCCGAGCAGAUCUUCAGUUCCGCGCUCUGCUCCGCGCUCUACCUUCGCCAGCGCCUGCUGGGGGCCGAAGGCGACUCCGGAGACUCACCCCCCGCGGGCUGCGUCUUCGUGCUGGGCGGGGAAGGGCUGCGCGGGGAGCUGCGGGACGCCGGGCUGCGCCUGGCCGGCGAAGGAAGAGGAGGCGGCGGGGACGACGAGGAGGAGGACCCGGCCGGCCAGGAGAGCCUCCCGGUGCGCGCCGUCGUCGUCGGCUACGACGACCAGUUCACGUUCGCCAAGCUGACCGAGGCCUGCGCCUACCUGCGAGACCCGCAGUGCCUGCUCGUGGCCACCGACCCGGACCCUUGGCACCCGCUGAGCAGCGGGCAGCGCACCCCGGGAACAGGGAGUCUCACUGCUGCAGUUGAAACAGCAUCUGGGCGCAAGGCAAUGGUAAUUGGGAAGCCCAACACGUAUAUGUUUGAGUGCAUUGUGGAGCGCUUUGGUGUGGAUCCGUCUCGCAUGCUCAUGGUGGGUGACCGGCUGGAGACAGAUAUCCUGUUUGGCAAGAACUGUGGCCUUGAAACGGUCUUGACCCUGACGGGAGUCUCAAACCUAGAGGAGGCACAGGCGUACAUGGCCAGCGACAGCCCUGCUGCAAGGGACCUGGUGCCUCAUUAUUAUGUGGACAGUAUUGCAGACUUAAUACCCGGCCUGGAUGAGUAAGGGGAGAUGUGGGUGGGCAGAGUUCCUAGUCCCAUUCCUGAUUGCCGCCCCUUUCCUACUUCUGCUCCCUCUCUCCUUGAUUCUGGGCUCAUCACAUUCCAGUGUUUCUUCAGGAAUGAAGAGAGGGGUGUUAGUUCACUAUUUGAAGUCCUUUUGUUUUACUUUAGCCAGCUAUAAGGGAACAGAGAAUCUUAUGUGAAAGUGGGUUAUUUAUAGGCCGAACCAUUAUUUAUUUAUUUCCCCUUCCUCUUGGCAUGAAGUAGUUAUAUUUAUUUAAAUUAUUUAUUUAAAUUAUAUUACUGCUGCCACUAGUGGCCUUCUUACUGUUGUCCUGGGCUCUUUUUUUUUUUUUUUU